AUGAUUUUAUAUUUAUUAUUUUAACUAAUUAGUGCCUAUGUAAAGAUUGAUUUACUUAAAUCAACACAACCUCAUUAUAAUAGACAUCUAAGAAAUGAUCUAAUGAUCAAUAAUUUCAAGAAUAUGCAAUAUACUGGGAUUAUUAAAAUAGGUGAAUAGAAUCUUGAAUUGUUAUUUGAUACAGGUUCUUCUAUUUUUUGGGUAAAUUCUAUACAUAAAUUAAGGUAUUUUCAAAUACAUGUCCUUCACAAUCAAAAAAAGCAUCUUUUGAUUGUUAAUCAAGUUCUAAUUGUUUGAUGACAAAGGAAUAAUUUAAAGUUUAAUAUGGUUAAGGGGAGAUAGGAGGGAACAAAGCUUUUGAUUAAUUGUAAAUAUCCAAUUUUACAGUAUAAAAUUUUCAAUUUUUGAUUGUGAAUUCAUAAUCUAAUUUAGAUAAUUUGAGAGCAGAUGGUAUUUGUGGAUUGGGUUUACAAGAAUAUUAUGGAUUCAAUUCUUUAAUAAAUAUUUUAUAUGAUCAACAUUUGAUAGAGAAAAGAAUAUUUGCAUUCUUUUUAAAUUCAAUACCUGAACAUAUUAAUAAUGCAAGUGCUUUAUUUAUAGGUGGAUAUGAUACUCACUAUAUGAGUUCAGAUAUAUAAUAUGUUAAAUUAGAUAAAAGUGAUUCAUGGUCAAUAAAAUUAAACAAUAUAUAAAUGAAUAAGAAAGUACUAAUUAAUGAUGUAUCAGCAUUAAUUGAUACUGGUACUUCAUUGAUAGUUGUACCAACUCAUUAAUUUACAUCAUUAUUAUCUAUUUUAAGAGAUGAUUAUAAAUAAUUUUGUCAAUAUUCUUAAUACUAAAUAAAAUGUUCAUGUCCUGAUGGAGAUAUUUCACAUUUUCCUUAAUUUGAAUUUAAUUUUGAAGGUGAUUUGAGAUUAUAAUUAAAUCCUAAUGAUUAUAUAGAUAUAGAUGUAUCUGUAUGUGUAUUGUCAUUUACAAAGAGUUCAAAUAAUUAUUGGAUUUUAGGUGAUACAUUUAUUAGAAAACAUAUAACAAUAUUUGAUAUUGAUAAUAAAUAAAUUGGAUUUGCUAAAUUGACUACAUUUGAGAAAUAAAGUAAAUAAAUUUAAAUUAAUGAUUACUUGUAUAUAUUUAAAGUUGUUUGUGCAUGUAUAUGUGUAGCUAUAGCAUCUAUUUGGAUAAUUAGAUAAGUAAGUUGUUUAGGUGAAGCAAGUCAUGAAAUGAAUAAAUGA